AUGAUCGUACGGUUUCUUGUUUCGGCACUUUGGCUAGCUGGGAUCGUGGGAGGCCAAAUUCUGCUGCCUCCGAGCGGUGCAGAGCAAGACGAGGAUGACACGACGGUCCUGCACGGGCCCGAAAACUCCAGACGAACUGGAGAGGUGGCCAAUGAUGGCGAGUCCUCGAUCGAGGCAGACGAUGUCAAUGCCAGCCAAACACAAAGUACAACUGAAACAAGCACAGCCUCCACUACCACUUCGAUUUCACUCCUUGCAGCACGUGUUCUUGGACACUUCGAGUUUUUCGCUGACGAGUUGGACGACGCCGCGGUUGAACAAGCGGCAGAAGUCAGCCUGUCCGAAGCCUUGAGAGUCGCAGCCUGGCAGCUGAAUGUGACCGUAGUGUCCACAGAUCCCUGGCAUGUUGCGUACGCGGUCGAUCUCGGCACAGAAUUUCGAGAUGUACUGGUGGCCGGUCAGCAGGUCAUGGUGGACAGGAGCGGCUUCGAGGCGCUUUUGUCAGAGGAGCUUGUUGCAAGAAGCGACUCUCCACAGAGAGUGCGUGCAUCUUUCGAUCUCCGUGUCUUUGCCAGACUCCAAAUCCAGGGCAUUGAUCCUGCGGUGCUGAAUUCUACUUCCACAACAGUAACCUCACUCACACAGACGACCACUACAACCACUCAAACCAUCUUGGUGUCUCUGAAACUCCUGUCUGCCAUCGUGCGAGAGCCUUUCGACUCUGUGGUCGUGGCAUUCAACCUCCCCGCGCGUUUUGGCUUUGCCGUGAGCGGGAGCGGUUGCAGCCCUGAUGCGUUCAGUACUCGAACUUGGGAGUCCCUUGGAGAACCGCAAAGCUGCCGAUGGAGGAAUGAGACAGAGCUGGAAGUCAUGUUUGGCAGGGGUGCCACACUGCGGCUAGGCGAGAUGCUCGUGACUUCUCCAGCUGGUUUCGAGCCCACGGGAAACGUGGCGUAUGUAGAUGCACCAGCUUUGCAAGUGAUGUUGCAAGCAGAAGGAACUGGGCAAGUAACACCUCGUCUUUCGCAUCCGACUACAGUUCAGGCCUGCAGUCGUGUGAGCUUCUCAACCUUGGGGUCGACAGGAGGAAAAGGACGCCCCCUUCAAGUGAAGUGGUUCCUCGGCCCGCCAAUUUUCAGAGUGGUCAGAGAGGCGCUGCAAGCCAUGGUCGACAUGGCGAAUUCUGAAGAGUCCCGCAUCCUGGAGUUUCCACCAGCAAACUUUUCCGUGGCAGUGCAAGAGGUGCGCAUCGUGCUGGGAGAAAUCUCAUAUGCAAAGAUCCCCGUGCAUGUGAAUGUCACGGCACAAGUAUCAAACUGGCUUGGAGCAGCAAGCAACAUUUCAGGUAUGGUGACAGUCCUUAAGGAGGAGGAGGCCUUGCCAGUAUUGGUGCCUUCUUCUCGAAGCAUCCAACAGGUUGCGACUCAGGACGAGACUGCCUUCAGCAUCAUGACGCUUUCUAAUAAGGUCUCGGAGUGCGUGCGCCCCCUGAAUACGACUUCACUAAAUGUACUGGUGGAAUGGGAGUACAGACCCGAUCCUGGCAGGGUUUGGCACAGGUUGGGGACGCUGCAGAAUUUAACUGACAUCUCGAAGACACCGAACUCGAUCCGUUUUGCACCGUUCACAUUUCCGCCAAAUACUGCCCAUCAAUUCAGAGUGUUCGUGCAAUAUGAGGGUACGAUUCCAAUGAGGCGCCCGAACGUGACUUUCAAUCUGUCAGUUGCAUCCAGACAGCCGCCAACAGCGAUAAUUCGGGGACCAAGCGAAGUUGGUGCUAGCUGCCCUUUCUUCGUGAAUGCCUCCCAAUCGCGGGAUGACUGGUCAUUGGAUGCAGAGAUGGUAUACACUUGGUCCUGCCGCCCACUUGAAGGAACUGGAAGCUGUAACUUGCCGAACCUUGCGGAUGCAAAUUUCUUCAGAACGGAUGGUACUGGUGCGAGCGGCAUGCUGAUGCACGUGCCUGGCGGACACCUCGAUACGGGCGUUUACAUCAUUGGCCUGUCGGUGCGGCGGGAGUCGGAGUCACCGGCAGAUGCUGGAAAUGCAACGGUUGAGCUGCGUGUGGUUGCAGGAGCCAGACCUCCAAUCUCCAUCGAGGUUCCAUGGGAGAAUGAAGCAGGAGUUUCUGUCGCCUCUGAUGAGCUUAUGGUCACUGCGCAUGCUGACCAGACGCAAGGGUGCCUCGUGCCCGAGACUUGGGCAUCGCGCUUCUUGCUGGUGGAGCACGGAGCACCAUUUCCUGUGCUGGCGUCUUUGAGCUUCUUCACCACAACAUCCACUACGACGUCCACAACAACAACGAAGACAACCACAACUUCAACAACGUCGAGCAGCACCACGGCCACAUCGACUACCACAUACACCGUCUUCGACAAUGAAUCCAUGAAUGAGAGCAUGAAUGAGAGCGAGAAUGUUUCAGAUCCUGAUCUCGAGAUCGACGAAGAGGAGGUUGAGUUUGAGGAUCACAACGAAACCUCUGCUGAUUGGCACGAUGUCUCGGGCGACGAUGUCAUAGAAGAGCCCAAAAGACUGAUGUUUGCCACCCGCGAAUUCCACGGGAGCUUGCUGAUUCCUGGAACCUUGUACUCCUACGCCUUCAUCUUUGCAGAUGCCGUCGAGCUUGCUGCGCUUGAGCAGAACGACACAUGGGAUCUGGAAUCAGUUUCAGGGAUGGAGUCCGUGGCCUUUGCGGUUUCUGUUCCCUUUCGGGCCGACUCGCCACCAAGCAGAGGGCGGGUUAUUGUCACUCCGUUGCAGGGCCGCGCACUGCAGACACCAUUUCGAAUUGCAACGGCUGACUGGGAGGAUGAGGACGAAGAGCUCGAGUACGCUUUCUACCGCUUUCCGAUCCAGGGGAGUGGUGGCCCCAGCUCGCACGGUUUGGAGAGUCGCUUCGAGCUGCCGGACAUUGAAUGGAACAACGCUUCUCACGCGUCACACUGGCGCAAACGGGGAGGCGUUUUGCUGCGAUCGUUCUCAGCGGCGAAAACCCUGGAAGAGCUGCGCCUCCCAGCAGGAUCCUACUUUGUGGUUGUCAGAGCAAGGGACAGCGCCGAUGGCAUGCACACAGAAUUUUUGGCAGCACCAUGGGUCUCUGAAGCAACGGACCUCGACGACGCCAGCUUGAUAGAGCUACUCGAUUCAGCCCAGAGCAGCAAUGAUGCGAACUCGAUCAUCAAUGCAGUUGAUACGGUGAUUUCAUCCUUGCCUACAGCCGCAGAGGAGACUGCACAGCUCUCAUUGCAACUGAUUCUGCAAGCGACUGCGCUCAUCGACUCUGCAGAAGUUGCCGCGAAGUGCGUAGAAGCCGUGACUGCCGUACUUGUUGGGGCCUCAGGCGAUGGCACUGCAGAAGGUGCCACCCUGGAGAGUGCCAGCACAGCUAUCGACAUCGCUUUAGACGCCAUGGGUACUGUGGGUAUGGUCGGUGAUGCAGGAGCACUGGUGCUGGAAGGCAUUAGCACAGUCGGGGCGACAAGUUCAAGGAAGCUUCAAAACAGGGAAACAGCUUCACGUUUGACAGGGCGGGUCAAGAGCCUCACUGCAAAGCUUGCCGACAGGCUGCUCUUCCAGUUGGCAUCAGGCCAAAUGGAGCUAUUGAGGGCAGACGAUAGAGCUGGGACAGGAGGAAGCUCCAGCCUUAAGGUGGCCAGGAUGGGAAGCUCAAACGCACGCCGCUUGGCAAGCACAACCAGCUGCUUAGAUGCUUCGCAGACGAUUGAACUGUCAACGCUCCAGAUGACUCAGCCUCUGCUGGCCUCUGAAGACAGCGCUGCUCCUUCGCUUCCAGUGUCGGGGCCUGCCGUGGAGUUUCAAGAUGCUGUGUGGCGAUCCACAAACCUCUACAACUGGGCCAAUCCUGCUUUGGGCGUGAAUGCUCAUGUGCCAGCCGAUGCCACAGUUCGCAGCUUCGCUGCCAUGGCAUGUGGAAGCCCGGUUCUGCUUUUCAACCUGUCGGCCCCGGUGUACAUUCGGCUCCGUCUGCCUCAGCCCGAAGCACCACCCAGUGGCUACUUUCUGUCACCAGCCUGUGCCAAGUGGCACGAAGCCGACAGUGCAUGGAAGAUGGAGGAUUUGCAGGUACAAGACGUGGAUGCAACUCAUCUAACCUGCAUUUCUUUUGCCGGCACGGGAGUCUACACGGCGUUUUUCUCGCCAACACCAGAACCCACUUCCACAUCAACGAGUUCCACAGUCUCCAUGACGACGUCAACAAGCACUUCAGCGACCCGCACUUCAAGUACCGCCACAGGACCACUGACAACGACCGCCUCUUCCGUCACGUCAACUGUUACAACUGUUGUUUGGUGGGCGACUGCUGUAACAACACUGCAAACGGAUGUUCCUUUCUGCAGUGAGGCAUCGAUGCCACCGUCUCCACCAGGAGCGGCGCCGUUCACUUGUUACGGACCCCGCCGGGUCGGCCAGGAGUGUCGUGCCAAAUGCGAUCCCGAUCCACUAAACACAGAUGCUGCCGCGAUUUCGUGCCUUCCAGGUUUAAUUUGGGCCUUCUCAGAACCAUGCCCAUCUCCCACCGAGCUUCCGCUGGUCGUCACGACAGAAAUACCGACGACCAGCUAUGAAGUCAUGACCGUUUUUGGCAUGAUCGCUCUUGGCACCCUUGGGUUCUUCUUGUGCGUGGCCCUUGGCUGUGCACUGUCGUCGCAUCUUCGGUCAGCAGGCCAGCAGAAGGCGAGCCGAGUAGCACCCGAACUGCCUCAAAAGCCAUCUGAUGUGUCAUCACGGUCUUUGACCUCCGCGCAGAUAGUGAGCCGCAUGGAAUCAGACCAGCUGCUUUUCCAGACAUGGGCAGUCGAAAGUGCAAAGCAUCUGCCAUCCCCAACCUUCCGGGAGAGAUCCGAGCCCACUCAGCCAGACAUGCCCGGCACGGAGUUGGAACCACCAGCUGACGCAGCCGACCUUCGCACGCUGACUGUUGAAGGAAGUUUCUGGGAUUGGGCAAAGGAGUGGUCUCAUGCCUCCAUCGUGCAGGUGGCCAUACCCGACCCAGCCAUGCAGCUGGUUGCUGUUGAGCAGCCGCCCGAUCCGGGUGCUCAACAAGACGGGGAAGAGGCUGAACUAGAGGAAGACGAUGAUGAGACGUUUCAAGCUCUACAAUUGCAGAACAUUGGCUCGGAUUCGGAAGAACCUGGACUAAAAUCACCUAAAGCACUCACCAUGUAG